CCGUACACAUCAGCGCUCUGACCCACGGGCUGUGGAGGGGUCAGUUUCCGACGCCGUCGAUCCCGGCCCGCUGCUUCCCAGGCUGCCGCGGGUGCUCUCGCAGGGCCGCCCGCUUCUGCAGCCGAGUGGUCGCCCGAAGCCAGGUCUUCAGACUUGGACGCCGAGCUGCGACGGUGCAGCCAUGGACUUCUCCAAGUUCCUGGCGGAAGACUUCGACGUGAAGGAGUGGAUCAACGCGGCCUUCAGGGCUGGCCCCAAGGAGGCGGCGGCCGGGAAGGCGGACAGCCACGCAGCCACCCUGGUGAUGAAGCUGCAGCUGUUCAUCCAAGAGGUGAACCACGCCGUGGAGGAAACGAGUCACCAGGCCCUCCAGAACAUGCCCAAAGUGCUCCGUGAUGUCGAAGCCCUUAAGCAGGAGGCGUCUUUUCUGAAAGAACAAAUGAUUCUUGUCAAGGAGGACAUUAAAAAGUUCGAACAGGACACAUCUCAGUCGAUGCAGGUGUUGGUAGAAAUCGACCAGGUCAAGUCCAGAAUGCAGCUUGCCGCAGAAUCUCUUCAAGAAGCCGACAAAUGGAGCACGUUGAGUGCUGAUAUCGAGGAGACGUUUAAGACUCAGGACAUAGCUGUGAUUUCAGCCAAGCUCACAGGUAUGCAGAACAGCCUCAUGAUGCUCGUUGAUACACCAGACUACUCAGAAAAAUGUGUGCACUUGGAGGCGUUGAAGAACCGGCUGGAGGCCUUGGCCAGCCCCCAGAUAGUAGCAGCAUUCACAUCUCAGUCUAUCGAUCAGUCCAAAAUGUUUGUGAAGGUUUUUAGUGAAAUUGACCGGAUGCCCCAACUUCUUGCAUACUACUACAAGUGCCACAAGGUGCAGCUGUUAGCGGCCUGGCAGGAGCUGUGCCAAAGCGACCUGCCCCUGGACCGGCAGCUCACUGGGCUCUACGACGCCUUGCUCGGUGCUUGGCACGCUCAAAUCCAGUGGGCUUCACAGGUCUUCAAGAACCCCCACGACGUAGUAACUGUUCUGCUGAUUCAGACCCUGGGAGCCUUGGUGCCCUCUCUGCCUGUGAGCCUCAGUUCUGGCGUGGAGCGGGCAGGACCUGAGCUGGAGCUCGUCAAGCUGCUGGAGUUCUACGAUGCCACCGCCCACUUCGCCAAGGGGUUGGAGAUGGCCCUGCUCCCCUACGCACAUGAGCAAAACCUGGUGAAAGUCAUGGAACUGGUGGAUGCUGUGUAUGGUCCGUACAAGCCCUACCAGCUGAAGUAUGGAGACAUGGAAGAGAAGUACCUCCUCAUCCAGUUCAGCGAGGUGCCUCUGGAACACGGGGAAGUCAUUGACUGUGUGCAGGAGCUGAGCCACUCUGUGAACAAGCUCUUUGGCCUGUCUUCUGCAGCCGUUGACAGAUGCAUCCGAUUCACCAAUGGCCUGGGGACCUGUGGCCUGCUGACAGCGCUGAAGUCUCUCUUUGCCAAGUAUGUGUCUGACUUUACUAGCACUCUUCACUCAAUACGAAAGAAGUACAGACUGGAUGAUAUUCCUCUCAACUCUCUUUUUCAAGAAGAUUGGACGGCUUUUCAGAAUUCCAUUAGGAUAAUAGCCACCUGCGGAGAGCUCUUAAGGCAAUGUGGGGACUUUGAGCAGCAGCUGGCAAACAGGAUUUUGUCCACAGCUGGGAAGUAUCUCUCUGACUCCUUCAGCCCUCGGAGCCUGACCGGUUUUCAAGAUAGCAUCUUGACAGACAAGAAGAGCUCUGCCAAGAACCCAUGGCAAGAAUAUAAUUACCUCCAGAAAGACAGCCCUGCCGAAUAUGGCAGUUUAAUGGAAAUACUUUAUACCCUCAAGGAAAAAGGGUCGAGUAACCACCACCUGCUGUCCGCGUCAAGAUCGGCUCUGACUCGGCUUAACCAGCAGGCGCACCAGCUGGCUUUCGAUUCGGUCUUCCUGCGCAUCAAGCAGCAGCUGCUCCUCAUUCCCAAGAUGGAUAGCUGGAACACUGCGGGCAUUGGAGAAACCCUGACCGAUGACCUGCCCACCUUCAGUCUCACCCCGCUUGAGUACAUCAGCAACAUCGGGCAGUAUAUCAUGUCCCUCCCCCUGAACCUGGAGCCCUUCGUGACUCAGGAGGACUCAGCCUUAGAGCUGGCCUUGCAUGCCGGGAAGCUGCCGUUUCCUCCAGAGCAAGGCGACGAGCUGCCGGAGCUGGACAACAUGGCCGACAACUGGCUGGGCUCCAUCGCCAGAGCCACGAUGCAGACCUACUGUGAUGCCAUCCUGCAGAUCCCCGAGCUCACCCCGCACUCCACCAAGCAGCUGGCCACCGACAUCGACUACCUGAUCAACGUGAUGGACGCCCUGGGCCUGCAGCCGUCCCGCACCCUCCAGAACAUUGUGAUGCUCUUGAAGGCCAAGCCCGAGGACUACAGACAGGUCAGCAAAGGCCUGCCCCGUCGCCUCGCCACCACGGUGGCCGCCAUGCGGAGUGUGGACUACUGACCCCUCCGCCCCCGGCUGACAAGAGGGUCAGGGCCACAGGACUCUCCAGAAUGGACUUGCUCUAAAAAUCCACCUGGGAUUGGGCAGAACUUGUUUCAAAAGGACUUGGUUCAUUUGUAUAAUAAAAAAAAAAAAAGGCUAUAAAUUAGAGGUUAAUUAUUUAUUAGGAAUUUUCAGAUAAUUUUUUUUAAAUGAUUCCAUCUUGAAAGUGCGAUUAAUAAAUACUAUGAAAUGAAAGAA